GCCUCCUCCUCGUCAUGUUGCCGACGACGUCUAUAACUUUGGCUAAUGGUGGACGUCCCCAGGAGCCGUACCGCAAACCCUUCGAGGGAUGCCGACUGGAUUCGGCAGCCAGCAACAAUCACAGCAACCAGGCAGGACGGUAUCGACUAGGUUACCAAAUGGGAAAAUAGCGAAUAAUAGUGCUGUGUGGGCAUUUGGUGCUGUACCUAUGGGUGCUGCUGGUCUUCGGGGAUCGUCUGGCCAACUUGGGGGCAACCUCAGUUUUGCUCAGAGCCUGAGUGGUUCACAACCAGCGACACCCCUUGAUCUCUCUAGCGACUUUCCGUCGCUGGGAAAUACUUCCCAGCUACCAGCCGCAAGCUCCCCUUCAUGGUCAACUGCGGGAUCGAGAUCGAUGGGUGGGGCGAUACAAAGAAAUCAACCUACCCCUCUGUCCUCUCAACCAUCGCAACAGGAAGACUUCUUCUCCCCUUCACGAAUGGGUUCCGGCCAAGGCCAAUAUAGGUUUAGCAACCAAUCCAACGUGGCCCAGUCCUCCCAACCUCAACCCAGCAGCAUUGACGAAUUCCCGCCUCUGAGUAACAAUAGUCAUCGAAACGGCAACGGCGAGAUUGGCCAGGAACGUGGCUCUAAUCUAAUGUCAUCACUCAGCUUCAGUGCUCAGGGCAGCGCCACUCCUAGUUCCUUGCAAGGUUCUAGAUCGGGCAACGGCCUGCUGAACGCGUUGUCCGCCAACACUCGAACGUCCGACGUUCGUUCCCCGGACGGAUCCGCUGCGCCAGGUGCCUCAAGACCUCAAGAUACCCGAAAUGUCGGAACCGGAGCUAGCGAAGAAGGCCGGCAAAAACCACCCGGUUUCCGAGAAGAAAAUCUGGCUUCCCAGUCAUCCCCUCAAGACCCGAGUCCUUCGGCUGACGGACGAAAUCCCCACGGAGCAAUUGGCAGUAACGAGGCUACCUCGAGCAAGACGACCGAGCAGAAAGAGGAUCAAUCCCCGGCUGUGCACGACCCCCUAGCAGGCAUGGCUCCCAUCGACCGAUGGGGAAUCAAAGGUCUGCGUACGUUAAUGAACAACUAUCCCGACUACAAUGCUGCGGUUAUGGGGGUGGAUCCCAGCUCGUUCGGUAUAGAUUUCUCGGCACCCGGUCUGAUAUCGACGCAAAUAUUCUCCUACUUCAGCGACGUUCCGCCGCGACCAGCCAUUCCCGAAUAUCGUCUGCCAGAGUGCUAUAACGUGAACAACGUACAGCCUCUAGAGAACAAGAUCAGCAACUUCAACGAGGAGACAUUGAUGUGGAUAUUCUACAGCUGUCCCGGGGACAUCAAACAGCACUUGGCCGCACACGAACUGUACAGCCGCGCCUGGCGAUGGCACAAGAAGCUGAAGAUAUGGUUGACCAAGGACGAGAUCAUGCAUCCCCGAAUCCUCAGUACGCAACACGAGGAAGGGUACUACAUCAUUUGGAACACGGCCGAGUGGCGUAAGGAGCGCGAGUUUCUCGAUCACAUUACACGCGGUAUGGGGGCUCUCGCAAACCGGCUGGCGUUGGAUUUGACGGGGUACACCCCCCUUGGGGACCUAAGGGUAAUUGUAGUGAUACGGUGACUUGAUGCAUGGUAGACGUGGGCGUCGCAUAUGCCCAGGUCGGCAGAUAGGCUUUUGCAUGGGGCGUUCUGAUGCCUCCGAGAUAUCAAUACAGGACCGCUGGAUCCUCGCACACCCUAGGCUUCUCGGCCGAAAGAAGCGCCUCUAGAUUCGUCUUGCACCGAGAUUGCUUGAUUUCGUGAUUCGGCGUCGCCGGAGAGACCGGCUACCGUAAUCUGAUCUGUAGUGUGGCCAGGUAGGGAUGGGCCGUGUUCAGACUCGCGCGAUACGCAUAAGGAGUGGUGCUGGAACUCGCGCCCACGUGAUGGUCAUCCGGCCGGUCGAGUCCGGCGAAGGAACGAUGGGACGGCUCCGAUCCU